GCCUCCAGCCGCCGGCGGGCACCGUUCGAAGGGAUUCCUCGCUGCGCUACUUUUCGAGAAAGCCGCCGCCGCCCCCGCCCCCGAACGGGAGCCGACUUUCCUGCGACCAGCAAGGCACCGGCAGAGGCACGCAUGGAUUUAUGAAAACACUCAUGCAAGAAGUUGGCAGGACUGGGGCAAACUUUUCCAUCGGCUCCGCGUCUGCCGCUCCCCGCGCCUCCUUUCCUUUCCCCUCCUCGCCCGGCGGCCGCCGCUGCCCGCGAUGGUGGCAGGGCUGCUGGGCGGCGGCGGCGGGGCCCGCGGGGGGACCGUGCCGGGCGCCUGGCUGUGUCUGAUGGCGCUGCUGCAGCUGCUGGGCUCGGCGCCGCGGGGCUCGGGGCUGGCGCACGGCCGCCGCCUCAUCUGCUGGCAGGCGCUGCUGCAGUGCCAGGGGGAGCCGGAGUGCAGCUACGCCUACAGCCAGUACGCCGAGGCGUGCGCGCCCGUGCUGGCACAGCGCGGCGGGGGCGAUGUGCCGGGGGCCGCGGCCGCCGCCUUCCCGGUCUCGGCCGGCUCCUUCUCGUCGCGCUGGCGCUGCCCGAGCCACUGCAUCUCGGCGCUCAUUCAGCUCAACCACACUCGCCGCGGGCCCGCCCUGGAGGACUGUGACUGCGCUCAGGACGAGAACUGCAAGUCCACCAAGCGCGCCAUUGAGCCGUGUCUGCCCCGGACGAGCGGCGGCGGCGCGGGCGGCCCAGGCGCGGGCGGGGUGAUGGGCUGCACCGAGGCCCGCAGACGCUGCGACCGCGACAGCCGCUGCAACCUGGCGCUCAACCGCUACCUGACCUACUGCGGCAAGCUCUUCAACGGGGUGCGCUGCACGGACGAGUGCCGCACGGUCAUCGAGGACAUGCUGGCCGUGCCCAAGGCGGCGCUGCUCAACGACUGCGUGUGCGAUGGCCUGGAGCGGCCCAUCUGCGAAUCGGUGAAGGAGAACAUGGCCCGCCUGUGCUUUGGCGCCGAGCUGGGCAACGGGCCGGGCAGCAGCGGCUCGGACGGAGGGCUAGAUGACUAUUACGACGAGGAGUACGACGAGGAGCAGCAGCAGCGCUUCGGGGGCGCGGGCGGCGAGCAGCCGCUGGAUGACGACGACGGCGCCCCGCAUCCGCACCCGCACCCGGCGCGCCCGGGCGGCGGCGCUGCAGCGGCGGGCGGCCACGGGGACCUGCCCUACGCACCAGGGCGCAGAAGCAGCGGGGGCGCGCGCCUGGCUCCCCGGAGCGUGUGGACUCAGCUGGUCUCUAGCUCGCUGCUUCUGCUGGGGCUGCUCAUUUAGCCCUCUCUCCUUCUACUCCUCCUGCUCCUCCUCUCCCACUCACUCUUCCUCCUCUUCUUCCCUCUUGGUUGGCUGCAAGAGGGGGACCUCAGGCAGCACCUGUGGCUUGGGGACAGGGGAUGGUUGGGUAUAAUCUCCAAAAUCCUUUUCUACGUAAAUUCUGUCUUAACAGGUCACUUGCUAGGACUCUUAACAUUCCCUCUGUGUCCUUUCGCCUGCACGAUUUCUUGGACAUGCUCUCUUGCACCUAUUCCAGAAACUCGCAGCUAGUCUUCCUAGCUAGAGAGUUCAGAACGCCCGGGAUGAAAAAGCGGGCUUGGGAAGACAACACUAUAGUCCUGGACACCCGAGAGAGGAUGCUGGUCAGUGGGCCUUGAGAGUUUGAAAGAACUGAGCUGAGAACAGGGGUUUGAAGGAGAAAAUGCAUUUGCAAAGAGACUGUUUAUUAGCAUUUUUCCGGAGUGAGGCAGGAGGAGUGUCGGUAUAGACUUUUAUUGUGACCAGUAAGGACACUGCAAUCAUCGUAAGUAAACAGAAAAGUCAAUUUAGCUAUUCAUUCCUUUAUCUUAGCUAUUCCUUUAACCCAGCGCCCAGAAUUCUGCCGUUUGGUGCAUGGGUGGGAAAAGCUAAACGUGAAUUUGUUUUUGGAUAACUUUGCACCCUUGGCCUUAAUUUCAUUGCCACCACUCCAUCUGUUAGCACAUUUCUUAGAACUAAGGGUCAAACAAUGCUAGAGUUGCUAGCGGUAAUGAACAAUGCAACUUUUUUUUCUUUUUUUGAAAGAGCUCUUCACUGCCAUCUAAGAAAGCCUCUUUAUGAUUUUUGUUAUAUGUCAUUUUUAUUCUUUACACCAAGAAAUUGUACAACUAAUGCAAAGAACCCAUAUUGCUCAGCCUUCAUCAGGGUACUGAACCCUGGUACUUAGUAUAUAAAAUGUAUUAAAACUGGGGUUUGUUACCAGUUGCUGUACUUUGUAUAUAGGAUUUUUAUAAAUUGUAUGCUUCAGAAAUAAUUUAUUUUUUAAAAAAAGAAAUUUAAAAAGUUUAAAUCCACAUCCACAGUACAUCCUUCCUCCCUAAAAUAUAAGAACCUGCUUGUCACCAGGAGUCCACACCCAGUCCAUUGUGAAAUGUGCUUCUAUCUAGAUCGGUCUUAAAAUGUACAGUGUAUUUUAUAGAUUUGAAGUUGACAUUCUUAUUUUCAAAAGAAUUUAUGGACAUUAUAGAAAUGUAUAAAUGCAUUUCCAAACUGCCUUAAACAUUGUAUUUUUAUAGACCUUUUUUUAAAAAAAAAAAGUCCUAUGUUUUAAAUAACUAUGACUGUGUGUAUUUUUGUUAUUUUAUUAAAAAUGUGUACAUCAGUAAAGAGUUUUAAAGAAUGAA